CAAUCCUCGAGUCCGGCGCUGCCCUUUGCCCUUUGGCCUCGCGGCGGCCCAAGAUGGCGCUGCCCAGGCUGAGCGGUUGCUGGGGCGCUUUGCGCUUGUUACCGCGGGCGGGGCCCGCCUGGCUGCCCGGCCGCGGGGCGGUGAGGCCGCUGUCCUCCAAGCCCGACCCGCGGCCGCUCCUCAGCGCCCUGCUCAGCUCCGUGAAGCGCGCCAGCGGCCGGUACGAGCGGUUCCUGGAGAGGCGCUUCCCCCGCUUCUACCUGCUCUACGCCACGUCCCACCGAGGAUUUAAGGCAUUGUUUUUGGAGGCAAAAGAAAUCAGAAAAAUAAAGAUUAACAUGGCCCAUCAGGGGAUCAGUUUUCAGCAGCUUCCCUACAGAGACAUGGAGAGACUGAGACAGUUUCGCAGGGAUCUGAUCAAGGCCAUUCCAGUAUCACUGCUCUCCCUUCCACCUUUUGCCAACUACUUCGUCUUGGUGCUGAUCUACCUUUUCCCAAGACAAUUGCUGAUCCAUUACUUCUGGACACCAAAGCAGCAGGUUGAGUUUCUGAACAUUUACCAUGGCAUGCGGAGAGAGGCAUACCCAGACAUCAUCGAUGGUUUGGCCCGGGCCACCCAGUUUGUUGCUGACCAGCAGAUCCGGGACCCGAUGCAAAGGCUGUGCACCAAGGUGCAGCAAGGUUCCCAUCCAGGAGUGGCUGAGCUUCACGCUGUGAGAAGUUUGUUCUCAGGACAUCCCCUCGGCUUGAACAGGCUGCGCAUCUGGCAGGUGAAAGCCUUGAGCCGCGUCCUGUUCCUGACGCCUCACUUGCCGACCAUUUUCCUGAGGUACCGGCUGCAGAAUCACGUGCAGGAGAUCCAGCACCUAGACCGGGCCAUGCUGAAGCUGGGAGUGAAGGAGCUCUCUGAUGAGGAAGUGAACAGGGCCUGUUAUGUCCGUGGCCUGAACUCCACCCGCCUCAGCCCGGCAGAAUGCAGAGAAUGGCUGGACCAGUGGCUGAAGCUGUCCUGCACGCUGAAAGAUUCGGAGGCCUCACUGCUGGCCCACAGCAUGGUCCUGCUGUCCACCAACUACCAGGCAGCCAAGGAGUGAGUGAUGGUUGUCCUGGGCGGCUGCUCUCGAACUAGCACUAGCUUCCCAUCUCAGCUCAUUGCCAGUGCCGUCGGCUGUGAUGGACUUGAAGGGUUUGCAGUGCAGAUCAGCAGCCUGGAGCUAGCAAGAAAUCUCUUGCUUCCCUCCAGGCCUGGAAAUCCAACUCUAAAUGACAUGUCCAUGGGAGCUAUGUCUUUCCUCCUGUGCCAGAGAUGAGCUCUUUGAUCACCUUUCCUGAUGCACUUGAGCCCCUGAGGGGCAGGAAUCUACUCUGGCUCCCAGGGGCUUGCGUUUGCCUGUCUUGGCAGUGCUUGGAGGCAGCCCUCACAGGGCUGAUGCAGUCUGUGGUUCAGGACUGCACCCAUCCACACCUUUCAUGGUAUUGGAAAGCUGGUUGCGUCCUUGCAACAGUCAGAAAGGACUGGCUGUGCUGCUGUUGCCCCUCAAGCCACAGCAGUUUAAGCGAAGAGCCCUUUCCAAGGGAGAAAGCAAAUCUCUCUUGCACGCACAAACUUUAGACUGAUAUCUUAUUAACAGGUUCACUGCUGCUCCUGUCCAGGGCAGUGCUCCUUACAGGAAACAAAGCUUAGUUUAUUUUGAGUUGCUGAAACUUUUAGGUGUAAAGAAAUGUUGUUGAAGGGGAGGGGAAGAGGGGCACCAUAGCUUGUGACUUUACACAUGGGCCAGUGAUGUCUUAAUGUUCAGAUCCAGAUCUCUGUUCAGUUGUGGGUUUUGUUGUGUUUGUUUUUUUUUUUUUACUUCUCUGUUCCUUUGAAAUCUUAUUGUGGCUUAAAUUGCCAUUUGUUUUCUCUCCCUUGGCUUCCUGCUGGAAACAAGACAGACUGCUUAGGGACACAGUAACAGCUUUGAGUUUGGGAAGCUCUGUAAUGGGGCUUGGUUCUGGAGUUCCCAGUGAACAUAGGAGGCCGAGUCCUGCUUUGUAUAGAUAUCACUGGGCCUUAAAGUGCAGGCUGCACCUUUGCUGCCAUAAACGGGAACACCAAACAGCACUGACCUGCUCUGUUCAGGACAGGGUCCCAGUUUUGUGAUUUUUGGCCCUGAACUUUCUGCUUAACAUCAGAGGAGGCUAGAAGGGUGAUCAGUGAAGGCUUCUUCUUUGUGUACUUUACUGUCCCUUGCAGAGGAUGCAACUAAGGGAUUAUAAACCAAACCUUUUAACUUUCUAGUGGCUUACAAGUCACAUUAUUUAUUGCAGUAAAAAUGCAUGAACAGACUGUCUUUCCAGUAAGUAUUCUUACAUCUGUGGUUCUGUGUUUGAUUAAAGGGAACAAUUCCA